AUGGCGGCUGUUGCGGCGUCGUGGGCGCUGGAGACAACGCUUUGGGGGCAAACCUCCGGCGGCGCAGAGCCCUCCGCCGCAGCGGCGGCGGCGGCCGGCGCGACGACGCCGCGCCUCGCGCUCUGCGGCUCGCGGGGGCUGGGCGCCGGCGAGGGCGAGGGCGACAAAGGAGGCGCAGGGAGCGCGGAGCCGGUGGCGGUGGUGGUGAGGGUCGAGCGCCACGGCGGCGGCGGCGGCGGCAGGGACGCGUGCACGCAUACUCAGGUGUACAAGGUCGCGACGUGUCAGGUGCAGGAGAUUGAAAAGGGCCGGGACGACGACGCCGACGCGGCCUGGCUCGCGGCGCUGGCUGAUGGCGGGGGCGAGCGCAGCGAGAGCUGCGACGGGCGCCCCGCGGGCGAGCGGGGCUGCGGGCCCCCGGCCAGCAGCGUCUUUGCCCAGCUGGUGUCGGAGGACGGCGAUGACGUCAGCGGCGAUGACGUCAGCAGGGAGGGCAGCAGGGGCGCGGCCGCGGCCGCGGGGCCGGCCGCCGAGGCAAGCGACAGCCGCGAGGCGGGGCGGCCGGCGCGCCGGCGGGUGCUGCUCGGUGGUGGCGGCGGCAAGCGCAUGGGUGCCUUGUCGCCGGCGGCGUCUGGUUGGGACGAGAGCGAGCCCUUUGGCGGCGCUGCUGCGGGUGCGGGCGCCCGCAGCGACGGCGAAGCUGGCAGCGCGGCGUGUUCGUUGGAGCCACAGGCCCGCGUGCAUGGUGCAUUGCAUGGCGGGUCGACGUCGGUCUCCCCGGAGCCGAUGCAGCACCUCCAGUGGCAGCAGCAAGAGCAGCAGCAGCAGCAGCAGCAGCAGCACCCUGCAGGGCCGGUGCAAGGGCCGGCCGCCGCUUGGACCUACCUGCAGCACCCGCCGAGCCACAGCGCCGCCCCCGCCGCAGCGGGCGCCGCGUCCCCGGCGACCAGCGUCCGCAGCUCGCGCCCCGCCGGCGCGCACACAAACAUGCACGCGCACGCGCACGCGCUGCCGUCGUCAGGGCCUGGCUCGGCCGCCGACCCCUUCAGCCCGCUACGCUCCAUGCGAGGCGGCGCCGCGACCGCCGGCAGCCCGGCGGUGGCCGGCUCGGGCGUCGAGUUCAUGCCCCUCAGCUCGUGCCUGCACUCUCAGCAGUCCCACCACUCUGGGGGCGGGGGCGGCGGAUCGCGGCCAGGUGCGCGCCACUACAGCCGGACGACCCCGCGAGAGGGCGCCGCGGCGGGGGCGCCGCGGGGCGGGCCUCAAGAUGAUGAGGAGGAGGUCAGGGCGGGCGUCCGGCUGGUGAGAAAGAAUCUCAUGCGGGAGAUAUCAGAGGCCGGCUCUGCCGCAGACCCAGGCUGCGCCGCGCGAGAGUGGCCGGGCGCGCGUGAGGGAGCCGCGGCGGGCGCCGCUGGGCGGGCGCCGCCGCAGGUGCGCGCGCCGCGGCCGGCGCCGCUGGCGCUGGCGGGGCUGCUGGGGUUGCAGCCGGAGCGGUCCGGGGCGGAGGCUGCGCCGGACGUGCAGCAGCACUUGCGGGGCUCGGAGCACCACCUCGACCAGCAGCAGCACCAGCAGCACCAGCACCACCAGCAGCAGCAGGAGCAGCAGGAGCAGCAGCAGCAGGAGCAGCAGCGGCAGCGGCCUCAGGCGCGCGACGCCGGCCAGCAGCCGCAUGCGCACGCCCCGCUCCCGGCCGCGUCGCCCGGCGGCCGGGGCCGCGGCGCCGCGGCAACUGCGCGCGCCGGCAGCCACAACCCGGCGACCGCCCCGGCCGCGCCCGCGGCCGCGCCCCUGGCACCGCCGCAGGCGGCCGCCGCGGGCCUGCUGUCGCCGACCGCCGGCGCGCUGCGGCACCACCCGCCGCGCCACCGCCGCGCGCGGUCAGACCUACCUGCGCACUACCCCCUGUCCCCCCUCGAGUCGCCGCUCCACGCGAUGGCGCCCUGGGACGCGGCGUCCGAGGAUGAUGCUGGCAACCUCGGACAGCGCGACGAGGACGAUCUGCUGCCAGAGGGCCAGCCGCGAGCCGGGCCGACCAGCCCCGGGGGCCGCACGCCGCUGCACCGCGGUCUCAAGUCGGCGGCGGCGCAGUACCGCAUCGCGCGCGCGCGGUCGCCGGUGCCGCCGUCGGGACAGCCUGCAGCGCCGACGCCUCGGUCACUUGUCCAGGCGCAAGGUGGGGCUGCGGCGUGCGGCGCGGUGGCGGAGGCGGCGGAGGAGGGGGAGGCGGCUGCAGCGGACGAGGGCAUCGCGGGCAGUGACGCUGCGGCGGCAGAGAAAGCACUCGCAGAGGCUAUGAGCCAGGUAAGCCGUGGCCGCGGUCUCGCCUUGUGCUUUGGAAAGAAGCUGCUUUCACAGGCGCCUCAAGCAGCUGACCCCUGCAAUGGGGCAGGCACUUGA